AUGAUUACUGUUUCUUCUUCUGAUAAUCCACCACAGAUAUCCCCUAACCAUGACAGUGAGGGUCAUCAGAACUCUCUCAAUCCUGACAGUACACUGGAGUUACCCAAACCGAAAGAAGCACCUCAAAUACAUGUUACAGCAGAAAAAGAAUCUUCACCAGUGAGUGCUCCAGCUAUAGGGAAAGCAUUACCAUCAGGGGCUUCAGAGACACACACAACCACAUCUACAACAACAGCCUCAACAACACCUGGAGAUGUUGAUUCCACAGAAACCAAUUUACCAGCUGAGUCUGCAAAACCCACAGAUAUGAGUAAUGCCAAUGAUAAUAUUACUGCGCAGCAACCGUCUCCAGCAGCGGAGAGCACUCUAUCCAGUGAUGUUAAUUCCGGUAACGAAUUCACUGCAGCUCCAGGUACCUCUCCCACAGCAGCUGCACAAGAGAAUGGCAAUGCUGAUUCAACGGCGACCACCAACAUUAACAGCGAAGCACCAACCACCACUCCAUCUCCUCUAACCGACCCACCGAUCAGCAAGAUCGCUCCCACCAUGAAGAACAAGGCUAAUGCUGACAGCAGUGUCAGUCCUGUGUGGAUGCGCACUGCAGCACCGCUGUUGAUUGUGGCUGUGUUGUUCUCCGUUACCGUGUACUGA